AUGCAUCAGAAUUACAUCGGUAUUUGGUUGCAUGACGAAACAAAUGAAAAAUCGACCGAUUAUUUAAUCAUUAAGAAUAGUCUGUGUCAGAUCUUUAAUUGCUUCAAAACAUUUAAAAAAUGGUGUGAUUUAAUUAGUUACGUUACUCUAAGUGAAAGUGGCAAAUUUUUUAUUAUUAUAUCGCAUUCGGACGCUAAAUACCUUAUUCCUAUUCUUUAUGAAGAGCUGCUAAAUAUAUUGCAUAUUUACGUAUACUGUCCGAAAGAAAAUACUGAUCAACAAUGGAUAGCUGAUUAUUCUACAAAAUGUCAUGUUUUUGGUGACGGAAAUGAUCUUUUUCCUAAAUUAACUACUGAUCUUAAGGCUUACGACGAUGAAGAAACAAGGACAUGCAGCUUUAGUACCGAUGGGAAACGGCCAAAUAGUAAUGAUUCUGAAAAUCGUCUCUAUCGUACACCACUGCUAAUUAAUAUGUUUACUUCAAACGUAACAGAAAAUUCGAUAAGAAAUCUAAGUAGAGACUCAAUCGCAUUUAUAUGGUUUCAAGUAUUCAUUAAAAUUUUACUUCGUAUGGAACAUACGAACAAAACAACACAAGCAAUGAUAGAAAAAUGUCGAUCAGAAUACGAAACAAAUAGUACUCAAUUACAAAAAAUUGACGAAUUUCAGCAAACGUACGAAACUGACCAAGCAAUAUGGUGGUAUACAAGGGAUUCGUUUCUAUUUCACCUAGUGAGCAAAUCACUUCUAACGCAAGAUAUUCAUUCUAUCAUUCCAUUUCGUUUGUUUAUUGUCGAUCUUCAUAAUCAAUUAGUUGAACUUCAUUACAAACGUACCGAGAAAAUUCUGAAGGUCUAUCGUGGAAAGAAAAUAUCUAUAUCUGUCCUACAAAAUUUAAUUGAUAACCAAGGCGGUCUUAUCUCAAUGAACGCGUUUCUAUCUACGUCGACUAGUUGGCAGGUUGCUAGUGAAGUUUAUGCAGGAGAAGGCCAAGAACGCGAACGGGUGUUAUUUGAAUUGGACCUUAAUAGUGAUUCAAAUGACACCGAUAUAAAGCCCUUUGCUGAUAUUUCGCACAGAAGUCAAUUUCCAGAGGAGCAGGAAAUUCUAUUUUCAGCAGGAACAGUUUGGCGUAUUAAAUCUGUAAAGUAUAAUGAAGAUUUGCGCUUAUGGAGCAUAUAUUUGAAAUUAAGUGGCAAUAAUGAAUUAAAAUCUGUCGAACUAAUAAAUCAAUUAAAUAAACAAAUCGAUGAACAAUGCACUUUGUUAACAUUAGGAGAUUUCUUACUUAAGAUUGAGGAAUAUGAUAAAGCGGAGUACUACUUUAAAGAAAUGCUCAAUGAACUCUCAUCGGUAGAUAAACGACGAGGAAUAUUGUACAAUAGUAUUGGAUUAGCUAAAUAUAAAAAGGGAGAUCCCAAAGCAGCAUUAAAAUCAUUUAAACAAGCUCAGGACUUUAUCGAAGCCAAUUAUCCUAAUUAUGGUAAUAAUAGUAAUCAUUCAUCUGCUACAACAACAACAACAUCACAAAACGAUAAAGUCAUAUUAAUAGUAUUAACUGCUACAUAUCCUUCUGAAAUUACAAUUUAUAAUAAUAUCGGAUAUAUGUAUCAUAAAAUGCGUGAUUUUGAAAAAGCAUCUGAAAAUUAUCAAAAAGCUCUCGAUUUGUAUUCAGAAAGUGGUAUCGAAAAUGUCCAAGGUCUAUCAGCCAUUCAUAAUAAUAUCGGUGGUUUGUGUUUCGAUAAAGGCGAAUUUAAUGAAGCUCUAAGAAAUUACCGAGAGGCGGUAAACCUGUUACCAGAAACUCAUGCAUAG